GUCGACGGCCUCUUCCCGACCUGCCCAACUGCCUGACGCGCUGCCUAUUGCAUCCCUUCAACUCACAAACCUUCUCGUCCCAUCGUGCUCUCAAAAUUACUACAACUCUAGCCUGAUCAGAACAUCGGCACUUCCACUGUGCUAUUAUACCUUCACCACCGUCUUUUGUCGACCUCAGUCCCUACUAUACACCAUUCAUCAUGGCUGAAGUCUGUCCCAUUGUUGGCACCACCAACACCGUCCUUCCUCCCAAGCAUCCCGAGUUCGAUCUCUCGGCACCAGGACUCGUCUGCCCAGUCACCAACGCUACGACCGACCACCACCACAAUCUCAGCAAGCAUCCUGGCAUUUUCAACAACACUGAAGAUCUCUCGAACGCCGAGUCGUGCCCUGCCCUCUCCAAGAUCGUCUCGCGUCCGGAGCAACAGGCCAUGGACGAGGCCAUCUGCCCCGUCGUCGGGACCGUCUCCUCGGUCCUUCCUCCGAAUCACCCUUCCACGGCAAACUCAAAGGAAGGUGAUGUCUGUCCAGUCACAAAUGCCACCCUCGGCCAUCACAAGGGAAAAGUUCAUGAACAUCCAAGUCUUCAGGCGGCUUCCAAGGACGCCGUCUGCCCUGUGGUACACAAACAUGCUUGAAAAGAAAGCAUCAAACAUGAUAUCAGGGUUUGGCGGUGGGAAAGGAGUGCUAUUUGUGUGUAACGGAUGGGAGGAAUAAUCUCUUGCGGUUUGUGAAACAGGCGUUGUUCAUGUGGACUUCGUCGCUCCUUCGAGUGUCGAGGGCUUCCACCUGCGAGAGGAGAAAGAGGACCCGUCGAGAGAUACCCCGUUUUUGAGGCUAUAGCCUCACUAUAUCAUCAAUCGGCAGAUAGGAAAUGGUAUCUAUCUUGUCAUAUUGGUA